GCAUUGGGCCCCCAGGCGGGGGGCAACAGGCAUCGGGCCCCCAGGCGGGGCGACAGGCAUCGGGCCCCCAGGCGGGGCGACAGGCAUCGGGCCCCCAGGCAGAGCGGCAGGUGCCGGACCCCCAGGCGGAGCGACAGGUCUCGGGCCCUCAGGCGGAGCGGCGGGCGCCGGACCCCCAGGUGGAGCGACAGGUCUCGGGCCCUCAGGCGGAGCGGCGGGCGCUGGACCCCCAGGCGGAGCGACAGGUCUCGGCCCUCAGGCGGAGCGGCGGGCGCCGGACCCCCAGGCAGAGCGACAGGCCUCGGGCCCUCAGGCGGAGCGGCGGGUGCCGGACCCCCAGGUGGAGCGACAGGUCUCGGGCCCUCAGGCAGAGCGACAGGUCUCGGGCCCCCAGGCGGGGGCGGGGCGGGCGCCGGACCCCCAGGCGGAGCGGCGGGCGCCGGACCCCCAGGCGGAGCGACAGGUCUCGGGCCCCCAGGCGAAGCGGCGGGCACCGAGUCACCAGGCACGACAGUGGGCUCCGAGUCAACUGGCAUGACCGCUGGCACUGGGUCAGACAUUGGAUCGUCUGGCUGGACAGCGGGCAUCGGGUCACCAGGCAUCAGGUCAUUUGGCUCGACAGCGGGCACCGCGUCAUCUGGCAAGGCAGUGGGCUCCGAGUCAACUGGUAUGACCGCGGGCACUGGGUCAGACAUUGGAUCGUCUGACUGGACAGCGGGCAUCGGGUCACCAGGCAUCAAGUCAUUUGGCUCGACGGCGAGCACCGCGUCAUCUGGCAAGGCAGUGGGCUCCGAGUCAACUGGCAUGACCGCGGGCACUGGGGCAGACAUUGAAUCGUCUGGCUGGACAGCGGGC